AUGGCCAAGACUAUGAAGACGGCCAAGACUAUGAAGACGGCCAAGACUAAGACGGCCAAGACUAUGAAGACGGCCAAGACCAUGAAGGCGGCCAAGACCAUGAAGGCGGCCAAGACGAUGAAGGCGGCCAAGACGAUGAAGGCGGCCAAGACGAUGAAGGCGGCCAAGACGAUGAAGGCGGCCAAGACGAUGAAGGCGGCCAAGACGAUGAAGGCGGCCAAGACGAUGAAGGCGGCCAAGACGAUGAAGGCGGCCAAGACGAUGAAGGCGGCCAAGACGAUGAAGGCGGCCAAGACGAUGAAGGCGGCCAAGACGAUGAAGGCGGCCAAGACGAUGAAGGCGGCCAAGACGAUGAAGGCGGCCAAGACGAUGAAGGCGGCCAAGACGAUGAAGGCGGCCAAGACGAUGAAGGCGGCCAAGACGAUGAAGGCGGCCAAGACGAUGAAGGCGGCCAAGACGAUGAAGGCGGCCAAGACGAUGAAGGCGGCCAAGACGAUGAAGGCGGCCAAGACGAUGAAGGCGGCCAAGACGAUGAAGGCGGCCAAGACGAUGAAGGCGGCCAAGACGAUGAAGGCGGCCAAGACGAUGAAGGCGGCCAAGACGAUGAAGGCGGCCAAGACGAUCAAGGCGGCCAAGACGAUGAAGGCGGCCAAGACGAUGAAGGCGGCCAAGACGAUGAAGGCGGCCAAGACGAUCAAGGCGGCCAAGACGAUGAAGGCGGCCAAGACGAUGAAGGCGGCCAAGACGAUGAAGGCGGCCAAGACGAUGAAGGCGGCCAAGACGAUGAAGGCGGCCAAGACGAUGAAGGCGGCCAAGACGAUCAAGGCGGCCAAGACGAUGAAGGCGGCCAAGACGAUCAAGGCGGCCAAGACGAUGAAGGCGGCCAAGACGAUCAAGGCGGCCAAGACGAUGAAGGCGGCCAAGACGAUCAAGGCGGCCAAGACGAUGAAGGCGGCCAAGACGAUCAAGGCGGCCAAGACCAUCAAGGCGGCCAAGACGAUCAAGGCGGCCAAGACCAUCAAGGCGGCCAAGACCAUGAAGGCGGCCAAGACCAUCAAGACGGCCAAGACCAUGAAGGCGGCCAAGACCAUGAAGGCGGCCAAGACCAUGAAGGCGGCCAAGACCAUGAAGGCGGCCAAGACCAUGAAGGCGGCCAAGACCAUCAAGACGGCCAAGACCAUCAAGACGGCCAAGACCAUCAAGGCGGCCAAGACCAUCAAGACGGCCAAGACCAUCAAGGCGGCCAAGACCAUCAAGGCGGCCAAGACCAUCAAGACGGCCAAGACCAUCAAGGCGGCCAAGACCAUCAAGGCGGCCAAGACCAUCAAGACGGCCAAGACCAUCAAGACGGCCAAGACCAUCAAGACGGCCAAGACCAUCAAGACGGCCAAGACCAUCAAGACGGCCAAGACCAUCAAGACGGCCAAGACCAUCAAGACGGCCAAGACCAUCAAGACGGCCAAAGCCAUCAAGACGGCCAAAGCCAUCAAGACGGCCAAGACCAUCAAGACGGCCAAGACCAUCAAGACGGCCAAGACCAUCAAGACGGCCAAAGCCAACAAGACGGCCAAAGCCAACAAGACGGCCAAGACCAUCAAGACGGCCAAGACCAUCAAGACGGCCAAGACCAUGAAGACGGCCAAGACCAUGAAGACGGCCAAAGCCAACAAGACGGCCAAGACCAUCAAGACGGCCAAGACCAUCAAGACGGCCAAGACGAUGAAGGCGGCCAAGACGAUGAAGGCGGCCAAGACGAUGAAGGCGGCCAAGACGAUGAAGGCGGCCAAGACCAUCAAGGCGGCCAAGACCAUCAAGGCGGCCAAGACCAUCAAGGCGGCCAAGACCAUCAAGGCGGCCAAGACCAUCAAGGCGGCCAAGACCAUCAAGGCGGCCAAGACCAUCAAGGCGGCCAAGACCAUCAAGGCGGCCAAGACCAUGAAGGCGGCCAAGACCAUGAAGGCGGCCAAGACCAUGAAGGCGGCCAAGACCAUGAAGGCGGCCAAGACCAUGAAGGCGGCCAAGACCAUGAAGGCGGCCAAGACCAUGAAGGCGGCCAAGACCAUGAAGGCGGCCAAGACCAUGAAGGCGGCCAAGACCAUCAAGGCGGCCAAGACCAUCAAGGCGGCCAAGACCAUCAAGGCGGCCAAGACCAUCAAGGCGGCCAAGACCAUCAAGGCGGCCAAGACCAUCAAGGCGGCCAAGACCAUCAAGGCGGCCAAGACCAUGAAGACGGCCAAGACCAUGAAGACGGCCAAGACCAUCAAGACGGCCAAGACCAUCAAGACGGCCAAGACCAUCAAGACGGCCAAGACCAUCAAGACGGCCAAGACCAUCAAGACGGCCAAGACCAUCAAGACGGCCAAGACCAUCAAGACGGCCAAGACCAUCAAGACGGCCAAGACCAUGAAGACGGCCAAGACCAUCAAGACGGCCAAGACCAUCAAGACGGCCAAGACCAUCAAGACGGCCAAGACCAUCAAGACGGCCAAGACCAUCAAGACGGCCAAGACCAUCAAGACGGCCAAGACCAUCAAGACGGCCAAGACCAUCAAGACGGCCAAGACCAUCAAGACGGCCAAGACCAUGAAGACGGCCAAGACCAUGAAGACGGCCAAGACCAUGAAGACGGCCAAAGCCAACAAGACGGCCAAGACCAUCAAGACGGCCAAGACCAUCAAGACGGCCAAGACCAUCAAGACGGCCAAGACCAUCAAGACGGCCAAGACCAUCAAGACGGCCAAGACCAUCAAGACGGCCAAGACCAUGAAGACGGCCAAGACCAUGAAGACGGUCAAGACCAUGAAGACGGCCAAGACCAUGAAGACGGCCAAGACCAUGAAGACGGCCAAGACCAUGAAGACGGCCAAGAUCAUGAAGACGGCCAAGACCAUCAAGACGGCCAAGACCAUCAAGACGGCCAAGACCAUGAAGACGGCCAAGACCAUGAAGACGGCCAAGACCAUCGAGACGGCCAAGACCAUGAAGACGGCCAAGACCAUGAAGACGGCCAAGACCAUCAAGACGGCCAAGACCAUCAAGACGGCCAAGACCAUCAAGACGGCCAAGACCAUCAAGACGGCCAAGACCAUCAAGACGGCCAAGACCAUCAAGACGGCCAAGACCAUGAAGACGGCCAAGACCAUGAAGACGGCCAAGACCAUCAAGACGGCCAAGACCAUCAAGACGGCCAAGACCAUCAAGACGGCCAAGACCAUCAAGACGGCCAAGACCAUCAAGACGGCCAAGACCAUCAAGACGGCCAAGACCAUGAAGACGGCCAAGACCAUGAAGACGGCCAAGACCAUCAAGACGGCCAAGACCAUGAAGACGGCCAAGACCAUCAAGACGGCCAAGACCAUCAAGACGGCCAAGACCAUCAAGACGGCCAAGACCAUCAAGACGGCCAAGACCAUGAAGACGGCCAAGACCAUGAAGACGGCCAAGACCAUGAAGACGGCCAAGACCAUGAAGACGGCCAAGACCAUGAAGACGGCCAAGACCAUCAAGACGGCCAAGACCAUCAAGACGGCCAAGACCAUCAAGACGGCCAAGACCAUCAAGACGGCCAAGACCAUCAAGACGGCCAAGACCAUCAAGACGGCCAAGACCAUCAAGACGGCCAAGACCAUCAAGACGGCCAAGACCAUCAAGACGGCCAAGACCAUCAAGACGGCCAAGACCAUCAAGACGGCCAAGACCAUCAAGACGGCCAAGACCAUCAAGACGGCCAAGACCAUCAAGACGGCCAAGACCAUCAAGACGGCCAAGACCAUCAAGACGGCCAAGACCAUCAAGACGGCCAAGACCAUGAAGACGGCCAAGACCAUCAAGACGGCCAAGACCAUGAAGACGGCCAAGACCAUCAAGACGGCCAAGACCAUCAAGACGGCCAAGACCAUGAAGACGGCCAAGACCAUGAAGACGGCCAAGACCAUCAAGACGGCCAAGACAAUGAAGACGGCCAAGACCAUGAAGACGGCCAAGACCAUGAAGACGGCCAAGACCAUGAAGACGGCCAAGACCAUGAAGACGGCCAAGACCAUGAAGACGGCCAAGACCAUGAAGACGGCCAAGACCAUGAAGACGGCCAAGACCAUGAAGACGGCCAAGACCAUGAAGACGGCCAAGACCAUGAAGACGGCCAAGUCAAGACGGCCAAGACCAUGA